CAAAUGACUUUUUGAACAUUUCAAAUGUGUGUUGAAAGUGUGUCAGACCUAUGUCCUGUUAGUCAAAAUGUUUAGAUUAUUAGUUUUAUCAUUUUCCUUAAUAGUGUUCAGUGCUAAGACUUCGUUUGGAUAUGAUCUGAAUAUUCUGCAUUAUAAUGAUUUUCAUGCGAGAUUCGUCGAGACCAGUCCAUCAGGAACUACCUGCAAUCCUGCAAACAAUCCAUGUAUCGGUGGCUUCGCUCGUCUCGCGACGAUGGUUCGCGAGCGUUUGAGAGAAGAACCUGAUUCCCUGCUCCUCAACGCCGGUGACAGCUUCCAAGGAACCAUUUGGUACAAUAUUUUUCGAUGGGAAGUCACCAAAGACUUUAUGAAUAUGCUGCCACAUGAUGCUCACGUACUUGGGAACCAUGAAUUUGAUAAUGGAAUUGAAGGAGUGGUGCCAUACUUGCAAAAAUUAGAAUCACCAGUAGUUACUGCAAAUAUUGUUGAUGAUGAUGAACCUACCAUACAAGGUUUAUAUGAAAAGAGCAUCGUUGUAGAAAGGAAAGGCAGGAAAAUUGGAAUAAUUGGUGUACUUAUUGCUACAACUAACAUCUUAGCCUCAACGGGUAAUCUGAGAUUUACAGAUGAAAUAGAAGCUGUAAGACAAGAAGCUGAAAAACUGAAUGAACAAGGCGUCGAUAUCAUAGUAGUGUUGUCACAUUGCGGUGUGGACGUAGAUAAAGAAAUUGCGCGCCAUGCUGGACCUCAUGUCGACAUCAUCGUUGGUGGACACAGUCAUACAUUGUUGUAUAAUGGGGAUGCUCCUGAGGCCAGUGGCUUUACCCCGUUGGGACCUUACCCAGUGGUAGUAGAACAAGAAACCAGAAAGGUUCUAAUAGUGCAAGCAGCAGCCCAUACACAGUAUUUGGGUGAGAUCAAGCUCACGUUUGAUGACGACGGCCAUCUUGUCAGUUGGGCUGGUAACCCUCACUACAUUGGAAAUGAUAUUGUACAAGCGCCUGAUGUUUUGGAAAAGAUAAACUACUAUUUACCACUGAUCGAAGAGAGGGAGUCUGAAGAAAUUGGAACAUCAAUGGUGGAUCUGUCAGCAGAUUGCUCGUGCUCCGAAUGUAACCUUGGCAAUUUUAUAUGUGAUGCUUUUAUGCACGCUGCUUUAUCAAGAGCUCAAGGGAACAACUGGAACUACGCGCAUUUUUGCUUUAACAACCGAGGUGUUAUCAGAGCACCUAUUGACAAAGGAGUAAUUACGUUUGGAUCAGUGAUAUUGUCUACACCUUUUGAAAACAACGUUGAAGUUUUUGACCUAAAAGGAGAACAUAUUAUGGAAAUGUUGGAGUAUUCUGUAAAUGGCCAACCUACUCCUGGCAGACAUAUGUUACAAGUAGCAGGCUUGCGUGCAGUAUUUGACGGCUCUCAACCAGUAAACUCAAGGGUACUGAACGUGACAGUCAGAUGUAUCGAAUGUGACGUGCCUAGGUACGAACCUCUGGAGCUUGACAAAUACUACAAGGUCGUCUCCCAGAACUUCCUCGGAGAAGGCGGUGAUGGAUUCACUAUGAUCGCUGAAAACCGAAAGAACAUAGAAGUACUCGGAAUCGAUUAUGACAUUCUACUGGACUACAUACGUCUGCACUCCCCGGUGUUUGCUGAAAACGAUGGGCGUAUGACGGUGCAUAAUCCUUGCUUGCCAUGAGCCGAAGAAGACCAGGAAAUCUUCAAACGUCAGUCAAGAAUCUUUAACUUCAUGCUAUCACUGCCAAAACAUAGAACAUUAUGCAUUUUUUAAGUAUUGCGCUGCUGAAAAAUACCAUGAAUUAUUAAUACCUGCAACAUUAAAUUAUUAUCUUGUAA